GUGCAUGCUGUGUAUGGCCCGCCCACUCCCCUGACAUCCCUUCCGGUCCCUCUAGCGGUUACAGUUGAAUGAUGGAGGAGGAGGAAGCUGCUGCCAUAGUGUUACAGGCUCACGCCCGCGGUGUGCUGGCCCGCCGGAGACUCAGGAGAGUGCUGCAGGACUAUGAGGCUGUGGUGAGAGACAUAGAAGGAGAGGACAUCGCUGUACAAUGGGGGGCACGGCUCCUAUCCCCCCCACUCUUCAAUGCUAUGGUUCAGCAUAGAGGUACAACUGGACUCGGAGCUUGUAAAGGGAAUAGUCAUGGUGGAGGCAGGCAUACCAGAAACACAGACCCCAUCCUAUUAUGCAGUGAUAGAAAGGAAGCUGGACAAGAACCAGAACAUGAACCGUGUACCCUAGAGAAAGAGUACAACCAUUACCAACCAUCAGAGACUGAAGAAGUGCCAGCAGAGUGCCAACUGCCUGGAGCUGCCUCAGAAAGUGAGCACCUGUCAGGAAAACCAAGUCGGCUUCAGGAUGUCCCCACAAGAGAGUACCAAGUGUCAGAGACUACUGACAGGAAGAUGGAGAGCCCUCUGUUAGAGAUGCAUGCCUUACGGCCUGAGAGCCCAGACAGGGAUUGUCUCCAUCAAGGGAAAAGGGUUUCAGGAGAGACAGACACUUUGCCCGUAACACAAGGACAAACCUUCCCCUAUCAUUCCAACAUAAGUAACACAAAUCAAAGGUAUGAGAGCUUAGAAUGGACAAGAAGCAGCUCUGUGUGGAGUGACAAAUCCAUGGAUGCAGAUCUCUCUUUGAAGAAUCCGAAUGAGCUGCAAAUGCUUAGAAGCCACUUGGCCAUGGAGAUACUGUGGGUACAGCAAGCAAUAGCCAGUAGAAAAAAUUAUCUAAUGGUAAGGCAGAGAAUGGGAAUCGAGAGCUGAUCGGGAUAUACGUCGCACCUUGAAAGCAAGACAUGGCACUGCAUUUUCCCCAUCAGAGUUAUUUUAUUUAUUCCCUGUCAUACAAGUUGGACUACAAUGAAUUUAUGUUGGGCUAUGCAUUAGACAUUUACGCUCAUGUUUUAAUCUGCAAGAGAUUAAUUUAUUAUUGCCACUACAUUGCAAUGCUUGUUUUCACUAGUAUAUGUGAAAGGUCUACAG